UGUUUUGUUCCCCCCCCAACCAUUCUUGAGACCCCCCCCACUCCAUCCUCCACCAUGGCCCGCAUGAACCGCCCGGCGCCUGUGGAGGUUUGCUACAAGAACAUGAGAUUCCUGAUAACCCACAACCCAACAAACGCCACUAUGAACACCUUCAUCGAGGACCUGAAGAAAUACGGCGCGACGACGGUCGUGAGGGUUUGCGAAGUUACCUAUGACAAGACUCCGCUGGAGAAAGAUGGCAUAACCGUCAUGGACUGGCCCUUUGACGACGGCGCUCCGCCACCCACCAAGAUUGUGGAUGACUGGCUCAACCUGUUGAAGACAAAGUUCUGCGAAGACCCUGGCUGCUGUGUGGCUGUCCAUUGUGUGGCUGGCCUGGGACGAGCUCCGGUUCUUGUCGCGCUGGCGCUGAUUGAGAGCGGGAUGAAAUACGAAGAUGCCAUUCAGUUUAUUAGACAGAAACGCCGCGGAGCCAUCAACAGCAAGCAGCUGACGUACCUGGAGAAGUACCGGCCCAAACAGAGGCUGCGCUUCAAGGACCCUCAGAACCACAAGAACAAAUGCUGCAUCAUGUAACCUCAGUAAUAGCCUCUUGCCAAAACACACA